GCAUGCCUCAGUUUCAUGUUCCAUUCGAGUCACCUUCUGUGGCUUUGGCUUUUACCUCCAUAUCUUUUCCUAGGGAUUCCAAUUCUUUUUUUUCUGUUUAUGUUCAAUUAAAAUUCUUUCUGAUUUUGAAUCAUGGAUUAACGAUGAUUAUCAGUUGACUUUUAACUUCUUUUUCCCGGAAAGUGGGAAUUCAGUUAUACCGAUUUACCGCCAAAAGUGUAGUCGCUAAUCGCUGAUGAAGAUUACAGAUUAUCUAUUGGGCUAUUCGCCACCUAUUUGGGCGACUUUGAUAGCUGGAGUGUUUGUAGUCGUCACGCUUUCGCUUUCAAUGUAUCUUGUCCUCGAACAUCUCUAUUCUUACAAGAAUCCUGAGGAGCAAAAGUUUUUGAUCGGAGUCAUUCUUAUGGUUCCUUUGUAUGCUGUAGAAUCGUUUGUAUCAUUGGUGGAUCAAUCAAUUAGUGUUGAUUUUUCGAUACUACGAGAUUGCUACGAAUCAUUUGCCAUGUAUUGCUUUGAAAGAUACCUUGUUGCUUGCUUGGGUGGUGAAGAUAGGACUAUCGAAUUCAUGAAAAGAUUAGGGCGUGCAAGUUCUAAAACUCCACUAUUGGAACUUGAUUAUGAAAAGGGGACUAUUAAGCACCCUUUUCCUAUGAAUUAUAUCCUUAGACCCUGGAAACUUGGUCAAUGGUUUUACCAAGUUGUCAAGUUCGCCAUUGUCCAAUAUAUGAUAAUCAAGUCAUUAACUGCUCUUUUAGCAGUAUUUCUUGAAGCUUUUGGUGUAUAUUGUGAAGGAGAAUUCAAAUGGGGAUGUGGGUAUCCUUAUAUGGCAGUGGUUCUCAAUUUCAGUCAAUCAUGGGCUUUAUACUGUUUAAUUCAAUUUUAUGCUGUCACAAAAGAUGAACUGGCACGCAUAAAUCCGUUGGCCAAGUUUUUGACAUUUAAAUCUAUAGUAUUUUUAACUUGGUGGCAAGGUGUGGCAAUUGCCCUUUUUUAUGCUCUUGGUCUGUUCAGAAGUCCAAUUGCUGAAGGCUUGCAGUUUAAGUCAAGUGUCCAAAACUUCAUCAUUUGUAUAGAGAUGGGCCUUGCUUCUAUAGUUCACCUAUAUGUUUUCCCUUCCACACCUUAUGAGUUAAUGGGAGAUCCCAUUCCUGAAAGUGUUCCAAUCCUUGGAGACUAUGCAUCGGUUGAUUGCCCUCUGGAUCCCGAAAUGAAGGCCCGAAGUGGAAUGACCAUCAAAGAAAGUGUGAAAGACGUAUUUAUUGGUGGUGGUGAAUAUAUCGUAAACGAUGUAAAAUUUACAGUAAACCAAGCAGUUGUGCCUGUUGAGAAGGGGAUCACGAAGUUCAACAAGAAACUCCAUAAGAUCUCUGAAAACAUAAAGAGGCGUCGCAGACACAAAAGGAAGACAAGGGAUGAUAGUUGUAUUCCAACAGCUGCACAGAGGGUAACUCGUGAUAUCGAUGAUCCACUCUUAGAAGGGAGCAUGAGCGAUAGUGGGAUUGCAAGGAGAAAGAAACGGGAUAGAAUAUCAGGAUAUAGCAGCGUGGAAAGUGUAGGAGAAAUCAGCAGUGGUGAUCAGAGCAGUCGAUAUCUGAUUAGGGGCCAUAGAAAGGUUAAAGUCGAGAUGAAAUAUUAAUUUGUGGGUGGCUACAUCAAUGAAAAUAAGACAUGCUGGUGUGAGAGAUACAAAGAGACUUCUCCAGUACCAAGCUUGGUUGACAUUGACAUGCUCAAGGGCAUAAAUGGAAUCAUUGCCCACAAGUUUUCAUCGUAUAAUGGCUGUUUCUUUUCUUGUUAUGAAUAUAUAUUUUGACACUCACAUUGCAGUGUAAAAAGUAUACAUUUUUUGAAAAGAAAAAAGAACCAAUUUAUUUGUAA